CAUGUGCCACCUUGUCCUGCUGGGUUUUUUUGUUUUUGACAGGAUUUCACUGCAUAACCCUGGCUGGCUUCAAAUUUUUCCUUCCUGACCUGGAUUUACAGACGGUAUCACUGUGGUCGUUCUGGACUCACUAUGGAGAUCAGGCUGGCCUCGAACUCAGCAGAGAUCUGCCUGCCUCUGCCUUCCAUUGGCUGGAAUUAAAGGGUCUAACAAUUAUGGACGCCAGCACCACAGUUCAGUGUUGCUAUAAGUUUUUGUGUUGCUCCCCAUUGGUGUUACUGAGGAGACUAGAUGAUCCUCUCUGCCAGUGCUCGGAGCAGUUGAAACACCAGAACUUUCCACGAGGCCGGUGGGCGGGGACAGGAGCAAGAUCUCUUUGUGACAGUCCUAACAUGGAUACAAGCAGCGGCGAGGACUGUGAGGCCUUUGUGCCUGAAUUGCCAGAGAAAAAGUCCAGCUGUGUGGUGAUUAACUCUGAUUCUGACUCUGCCCGUGAGGAAAAGAGAGCUAAGAUCUGUGAAAUAAGCAGUGAAGAUGAGUCCUCUUCUGACGAGUCCUCUUCUGACGAGUCCUCUUCUGAAGAGUCGUCUUCUGAUGAGUCGUCUUCUGAUGAGUCGUCUUCUGAUGAGUCUUCCGACAAUGGGGACACUGGGGACACCGGCGGCACUCAGAAGUCAGUAAUUGUUAUCGAUGAUGAAGAAGAUGGCAAUCCCCGUUUGAGGGAUUCUGAGAAGAUAAGAAUUGAUUCUAGUGAUGAGCGCCAACUGCCUGUGCCCCAAAAAGAGGUGGUUGAAUGUAUUGAUUCUGAGCCCAUUUCACUUGAUGAUGAUUCUGAAACAGGGGAUCUUGGUGAAAGUUCCAACAAACCACCACCAGAGCCGGAGCCCCAGCCCCAGCAGGAGCCCCAGCCCCAGCAGGAGCCCCAGCCCCAGCAGGAGCCCCAGCCCCAGCAGGAGCCCCAGCCCCAGCAGGAGCCCCAGCAGGAGCCCCAGCCCCAGCGGGAGCCCCAGCCCCAGUGGGAACCCGAGUCUGACCCUGAGGAGGAACUUGUGCCCAUGCCUGACCUGGAUCAGGAACCUGAGGAGGAGCCUCUCUCAGAGUCUGAGUUCGAGCAGGAGCUGGAGCCUACCCCAGAGCCUAAGCCAGAGCAGGAGCCCCAACCCGAGCGGGAGCCAGAGCCGGAGCUGGAGCCAGAGCCGGAGCUGGAGCCAGAGCUCGAGCAAAAUGUUACAGCUGAAAAGGCCAAGGAGAGAAAGGCUGCAGUUGUGCUGGCCCAACAGAGAAAGAAGAGAAAAAAUAGGUUUAUAUGUAUGGCACCUCCUAAGUCACGUAGGAGUAGGAAACAUCGUAGGGUUGCCUCACAGGAUCGGGCCAGCCUGCCAAGUGCCUCUGCAGAGCCUAAUCCUCCUGAUGAGCCCACAUCAUCAGAGCAACCUGUUCCUCCUGCCGAAGGCAUGCCAUUAAAGAAACCCAAACGCAAAAGGGGACGCCCACGCAAGGGAGAAUGAUCUUUGUGCAAACGGGGGUGGGGGCUCCCAUGUCCAUCUUUCUUACACUCCAAUAUGUUAGCAUUUACUCUUCAGUACCUCUGGAGUGCUUUUUCCCUGAAAUACCUGUCCCGAGGAUAUCCUGGGUCGUCAUCCUCAACAUGCCCCCAUAACUGGCUAAUUGUUAAUUCUAUGCAGCCAUAAGUUAGAAUGGCUCCUCCCUCCUAGGUUCCCAGUUUUAGAGUUUUUUAUUAAGUGUGUAACAUGUUGCCAAAUUUGUCCCCUCAGUAGUCUGUUCAUAAGAGGACUCUUAAUGAUCUAUUCUCUUGAGGGUCUAGCCUCAUGAGUGGCAUGUAACAAUAUGUUUAAUAAAUUUGUUAAAUAAAAUGA